CGCCGCYGCCGCUUCUGCUUACCUCGCGCCAGACCCGCGUACGACGCGCAACCCAACAACAACAACAAUCGUCGCGCGCGCUACAGUGCUUUGCGCUAUUGUAGCGUAGGCGUAUCAUUAUAAUAUCGCAUCGCUGUAAUAUACGUACGACGCGGUUUUUCGGCCGGCAACGAUCGACGGUACAACCAAAACGAACAAGACGACCAAGACGCAUCGCCACCGGGAUUGACCUAGUUAUUUUUCCCGUUGUUUUUACUCUCGGGUUUUUCGGGUUUUUCCGUUUUAGUCUCGAGCCCCCCAUCCCCCUUCACCUCCUCGCCAAUGUCCGCUCGCUAACCAAUAAAUUGCUCAACAAUCGCCGUCGUAUCCAUACCGAUCCUAACGACGGGGUGCGUGCUGCUGCAUUGGAAUACAUUAUACACACACACACACACACACACACGGCAUACCGCAUACCGCAUACCGCAGUUUACAGAACCGGACCGUAGACGCUCACCUGCAAGUAUACCGCGACACGCACUUCGAACGGGGCGCGUGCUGCGCGAGUUCGAUCGAUCACCGGGAUACGCAUUAGCUCGUUAGAUGUAACUUUCCGGAUGACGAUUUGACAUUGCCAUUGAAACCAUACUGCCUUGCCGCUAUGGACAUAACAUGGCCGAAGACUAUUGGCAUGCCGGUAGCAGAUUUAUGGUGCCCUUGUCGUCAUUGUUGUUGUUGUUGUUGUUAUCGGUAUGCGCUAGUGCUCAGAGAACGCUGUCGUCGUCCGGAUGUGACAAGACGUUUGUGAGCAACGACGGUCCGCAGAAUGGCACSUUCCGGGCUCCGGAGUUCACCAACAUCUACGGCGAGUCCAAAGUGUGCGUGUUUACGUUCGUGGCCGCCUCGCAUCAGAAGGUCUUCGUGUCGUUCACCGCGUUCAAGCUCCGAAGCACACCUCCAGAAUGCGUGCACGAAUACGUGGACGUAUACUCGGAGGUUCAACAAGUCGAUACGGAAGAUUUGAUAAAUUCACCGUUUGGAGGUAGAUACUGCGGCCUAAUCCCACCGAGGGACCGGACGUCGUUGUACAGAACAGUAGCGUUUAGCUUCUACACGGACAAGAAUUCGACCACGUCAUCUUUGUUCGAGGGCUACUAUUCGUUCAACAACGACUCCGCAUUUCAACUGGGAACGCCGUCGCCGAUCAGCCCGUGUUCRUUCGUCGUGAAUUCUAAUGUGAAAAAAAUAGGCACCAUACUCACGCCGACGUACCCGGGCAUAUAUCCCAAAGGAAUGAAAUGUACAUAUUUAUUUCACGGACAAGCCAACCAAAGGGUCCGAUUAGAAUUCCGAGACUUUGACUUAUUUUACGGAGGUCCACACUGUCCUUUUGACAUCGUAAGCAUUUAUGACGGAUCAAAUGCUACAAGUCCUUUGAUCGGCCAGUACUGCGGUCAACAACGAAAUUUAGUGGUCUACUCUACUAAAAAUUAUUUAUACGUAACUUUCGACACACUUCAUAGGGCCGCAAAUACACAGAACCGUGGUUUCAAAGGCAUGUUUGAGUUCAGCGAAAGUUUYGUGAAACUUGAUUUUAUCGGGAUAAACGACGGAGAACACGUCCGAGGCACCGAAUGUGAUCAAAAAGUCUUAAGUAAACGGACCUCAACGGGUUUCAUAUAUAGCCCAAACUAUCCGUUUCCGUACAUCCCAAAAAUUGUGUGCCGGUAUUUCGUUUACGGUCUCGAAGGUGCACAGGAUUUGGAAAGAGUUAAGCUAGAAUUCCAAAAAUUCAACAUACCCAAAGCACAUCUCAACGAACAAGAGUGCACGGACGGUUACCUAAAACUAUAUUUGAGAGGCCAAGAAGCCAUGGACCUGUAUGACAAGUUUGACUACGAAAUGUGUGGUGACGAGGCUGACGAAAAGGUAGUGACGAGUGAAGGGGCUAGACUAGCAAUGGUUUUUAGUAGUGGUGAACUACACGGUCGAGGAUUUAAAGCCAAAUAUACGUUCGAAACUGAAUAUCUUAUACCCGGAACGGCUGCACCGAACGGUACGUGUCAUUUUACUUACCGUAGCGAGUCCAAGAAACGAGGAGAUUUCAACUCRCCUAGACAUCCGGCCAACUAUCCCAACGGGCUGAAUUGUACGUAUCUAUUCUURGCUACGCCCAACGAACAGGUCACCGUGAUAUUCGAUCAGUUCAAAAUCAAAGUUGACGAAAACAACAUUUCAUUAGUCCAAUUUGGGGUGUUUGUUUGCAAAGAGGACUGGCUCGAAAUAUAUAACAUUUACAAAGAUGGCACGGAGAAAAUUGUCGGUAGAUAUUGUGGCAUGACAGCCCCUGGACCGUUGGAAUCGAAUCGAGGCGCRAUCGGCCUAAAGGUGCUACUGCACACGAACUCGGAAGGUGUCUCUAGUGGCUUUAAGGCCAGAUAUUUUUUCGACGACGCCAAACCGAUAUUCGGUGAUUGUGGUAGUAAUAUCAGUAAUGCAGAUUCUGGAAAGGUGCAGAGUCCGAAUUUCCCGCUCAAAUAUACUGCACCGGAGAAAGGAAUGCCGAGCAGAACGUGCAAUUGGUUUAUAAACGUCAGGCCCAAUUACAAAAUACUGCUCAACUUUGUCUCGUUCUCGGUGGAAGGAGAGCCGGCAACCAGAGGCUGUGCGACGGCAGUUGUCAGACUUUGGCCGUCCAUAGAAGAACCGCCGUUGGAGUUGUGUGGUGAAAAGCCCAUUGAGUCGUGGCAAUUUCUAUCCGAAUCUAAUCAGUUCAGGAUAAGCUUUGUCGUGGCCGAUAAAUCGGGCAACGGUACCGGAUUCGCUGCGACUUGGACCGAAGUAUUGGACAAUUCCGACUCGUGUCCGGGGUUUCAAUGCGAAAACUCAAGUUACUGCAUAUCCAAUCAGUUGAGGUGCAACAACGUGAUGAAUUGCGGGUCCAACGACGUGUCAGACGAGAUCAACUGUGAGUAUUAUUUACUAGAGCCAUUGUAACAACGUGAAUGUCAUUGACCCCCGACGAGGACUUGAAAAUAGGAAAAAAUAGGGCCGCAUCAUAGCGUCGCAUUUACUCAAGUCGAACAAAAAUCAUAUGAAUACAACAUUAUUAUAUUGUUGUUGAUGGUCGUUUAGAUUUUUCCAUUUACGGGGAAAAUCGUCGAGAUCGUUAGGCAACCUAAUGUACAUUUAACGAUAUUUUCCGCCUACRUUUCGGGGGAUAUACUUUCAGUGGCCGAUCUGUUUUUGAUAAUGUUCUCCUUGUUGAGCUGUUAAAAUGAAUCACGC